AUGAGCAUUUUCACAUUUAAUCCUAGCCCAUCCCCAAACAUCGCAUUUGGACCUAUCGCCUUCCGCGUCCCCCACGCUUCUCCCCACCGUCUCUCACACACCUCCCCACGCACACGCCCACGCUUCCCCUCACCGUCGCCCACGCUUUCCCCCAUCGUCGCUCACGCUUCCCCUUACCUCCGCUCACGCUUCCUCCUGCCUUCCCCCACGCUUCCCCACACCGUCGCUCACGCCUUCCCCCACCUUCCCUCACGAUUCCCCUCUCAUCGCCCACGGUUCCUCCUACCGUCGCCCACGCUUCCUCCCACCGUCACCCACGCUUCCCCCCACCGUCACCCACGCUUCCCCCCACCGUCGCCCAAGCUUCCCCCCACCGUCGCCCAAGCUUCCCCCCACCGUCGCCCAAGCUUCCCCCCACCGUCGCCCACGCUUCCCCCCACCGUCGCCCACGCUUCCCCCCACCGUCGCCCACGCUUCCCCCCACCGUCGCCCACGCUUCCCCCCACCGUCGCCCACGCUUUCCCCCACCGUCGCCCACGCUUCCCCCCACCGUCGCCCACCGCCACCGUCGCCCACCCCCACUGUCGCCCACGCUUGCCCUCCCAUCGCCCUCGCCUCUCACCCACCCUGGGCGGGGAGGUAUGGCGAGCUGGGCUGGGAGUUGGGGAAGGGGUCGUGACUCGUUCGCUGUGGGGUGUGGAAGGGUGCGUGGUCAGCAGCACCCACCCUUCUCUCUCUUGCACUGACCUCCUCUCCUCUCUCGCACCAACCCCACACACAUGGCAGGUGGUGGAGCGGCUUUGGAGCAGAGUGUUUGGCGCACAGCCAGGGCAGCGCGUGCAGGCGGGCAGCAAGGAGUGCAGUGCUGCAGGGGGCGGUCGUCCUCCUCUCCCUCUCCCUUCCUCCCUUCCUCCAUCUCUCUGCCUCACUACCCUCUUUACCCUCUCUGUUGCCCGUCCUCCCUUCCUCCAUCUCUCUGCCUCCCUACCCUCUUUACCCUCUCUGUUGCCCGUCCUCCCUUCCACCCAUCCUUCUUUCCUGCCAUUCUUCCUCUCCUCAUCCUCCCUCGAUCCAGUCCCCCUUCCCCUUUCCAUCUCCCACUCUCCCACUCCCUUCCUCACGCCAACCCUGCUCCUCCGUUCCACCCUUCUACCUUCCCCCUUGUACCCAGCUGCACUUUUUCCUCUCAUCCGCCCAUCAUCUCAUCCGCCCAUCCUCUCAUCCGCCCAUCAUCUCAUCCGCCCAUCAUCUCAUCCGCCCAUCAUCUCAUCCGCCCAUCCUCUCAUCCGCCCAUCAUCUCAUCCGCCCAUCCUCUCACCGUCGCCCACGCUUUUGCCUUAG